UAAACUUGUGGGGUUCUAUGCGGUAUGUACAUGUGCACUCUGACAAUAGCCCAAGAAAUGAGCCGCAGCUGCAUGACCUAUUCGGCAAUGUCUAGGUAGUAACCAACCUUUGGGUGUUACUCCAUUGUUCGCUUCAAAAUGGCUGCGUUGUUGCGAGCUGGGAAUAGUGACUGCCCAAUUUGGAGUUGAAGUCAAUGGGUUCUUUCCCCCUCGUGUGCUUUGACUGUUUCUGUGUUUCGUGCUCUCCAAUCCCCGUAUAUAUGUCAUGACUCUCGAUUCAGCCUAUUUGACUACUCGCUGACUGUUACAUGUGUUGCAGGCUCUUUUGGUCUCUGUCUAAUACAAAUUGCUACUACAAUCGCUUUGAACAUUUCAGCUAAUACGGCCUACAACCUUUUGUUGUAUACUAUUCGUUUCUUACCCCAGUUAUGAGCGCCGCCACCAUGUCUUCGAUCCCCACCGUCCCACCUCGUCCUACGAGGAGCCAGGAGCAAACUAAUGGCGCUGCUCCCACGAUUCCGGCUCGUCCUACUAAGCGUUUCAACCGCUCUGUCUCUCCGAAUCCCGAUAGGUUCGCCCCGUCACCUCUUAACGAGGGCGCUUUUGGUACCAAGCCUAAGCGACUCAGCCAAGGCUUCCUUGGGGAAGAACUUGAGCGAUCUACCAGUGUUGAUCUGCCCGGUGUUGGCCAGGAGGGUCAGGAAUAUGCCAGGGCCCUUGAAGAGCUUGGCACUUCAUCGCCCGAGGAGAACCGCAGCUCAUCUCCCGAACAGACUCGCAUCGUUGGCGAGGACCUUAAGUUACAUGCUCCAAAGCCCACCGUCCCCGCUGCGAGCGCCAAACAGCGAGUCGCCACCGUCACUCGUACCGACUCUGAACGCGCUGCCGCCUUCGGUAUAGGGCGCCCCAACAGCGAAGAGCCGUUGCACUCUGGUGCUCGAAGCUUGAAAAAGAAGGCUAGUACCACAAGUCAGCUCUCUCACCACAGCGAACUCCACACCGAUGAUGAGCAUGGAAUUCCUGAGAUUGGCCAGAGGGUCCCCAUGUUAUCGUAUGCUGGUGACGUGCAAGCUCCAUCGCCAGCACCACCGCGAGCUUCGAGCGUGGAUAGCACCAAGAGCGGUCGUCACCACACUCGUAGGGCGAGUUCUCGAUCUGGAUUCCAUGAUCUCCCACCGGGAAGCUACGGGUUACAUGGUCACGGUGUCGAAUCUACGGAUAAGCUGGAGAAGGCUUAUUACGAGAAACACCCCGAUAAAUACCAGAAGGAACAUUAUCAACCACUGCAUGAUCGUGUCCAUGACUACUCUAUGAGUAGUGAGAAUCUUAAUAAGAUUGUCCGGGACACCGCUAGCCGUGGCGCUGGUUUUGGUACCAUUGGAUAUACUGGAACGCCAAGUGAACAGGUCGGCUUUCAAGCCAGCGAUGAGUAUACUUCACGUAUUGCCUCACCCCAACCGAUCGAGUCAGCCAAAUCGCCCCUGGAAAAUAUCAUUUCUGGGCCUACCGAUGAGAAAGGGAAUGUUAUCCAUGUUGACGAAGACAGUCAGUACAAGGCCUUUGCUAAAUAUGGCGAUGAAAAGUCUGCCGAGGGUCACGGUGCACACGACAGUGCCUGGCCAAUUUUAGCCGCCGAUGAGGUAGCUAAAGACCCAUUGGCGUAUGACCUCCAGCCAGCCGUCCCGCACAAUCGACGUGGAAGUGACGACUCCAGGAGCCGCCCAACAAGUCGACCUGCUAGUGUCUAUAGUCCUCCUCCGCCUGAAGUGCGCUCCACACCGCUCGAGGAUGUUGAAGAGUACGAGCCAUUGUUUCCCGAAGAUGAAAAAGGUGAUCAAAAGCCAAAAACAGCAGCCGAAAAAUUGAAAGAAUAUCGUCAAAGAUUUCCUAGUCGGGACAUUUGGGAGGAUGCUCCGAACAGCGUCCACAGCACUGCCGAAGUCUCCACGCCUGAGCCAACAGGCACUCGCCCGAAAUCACGCACCACAUCCGUAGACUUGUCUACGAGGGAAACAGAGACACCGGCCCAGGCAUUUGCCAGAAGGCAGGAGGAGCUGGCCGAGAAAGAAGCUGUCACACCGGAUAGCUUCUUGAAUCGAACACAGCGACCGAAAUCAUGGGUCGAACAUCAGCCACAUAUCGCCCAAGAAAUUCAUAGCCGUCCCAAGAUGUCUCAUCGGUUCCCCAGCCGAGAUGUUUGGGAAGACACUCCAGACUCGCUCCAGUUCACCACGACAGUGUCUACCCCCCAAUCAGCUGAUGACUUGGGGGAUGAGGAGGCUAAAUCGGAAGAACCUGCGAAUAGGCAUGUUGUCCCCACUCGUCCACCUAAGAAACAGAACUCUGGGGAUGAUAUUUCUUCGAAGCCUACUAUCCCCGAUCGGCCAAAACCGCGGGUUCCUGCUCGCCCGGUCAAGUCGGUUGUCGAUGCUAAGGAGUCUGAGGGAGGUGUAAAGCAAAAGCCCGUCGUACCAGCUAGACCUGUGGGUGGUAAGAUAGCUGCACUCCAAGCUGGUUUCAUGUCGGAUCUCAAUAACCGGCUACGACUUGGUCCACAAGCUCCCCCCUCUAAGAAAGAUGUGUCUCCUUCAGAGGAAGCAGCUGAAGAGAAGGAGAAAGCUCCUCUGGCUGAUGCUCGGAAAGGACGCGCUAGGGGCCCCCAGCGAAGAGCACCGACUAAGAGUCAUAGUCCCGCCUCUGGAAUAGACAAGUCUGUUCCACCACCUGUGUCUAAUGGCCACCCCGUGUUAUCUUUCUCCAUGACUAGGACGUUGUGGAGUAUAGAUGAAGAGGGUACUGUGACGGUUGAUGACUUUGGCUCAGAAAAAGCCGGGAAACCCAAAGUCAGCGUUAGUGAAAUUGAGCCAGGGGUAGAGGAAGCAAAGCCAGUGGAAUCCCAGCCAGAACAGACAAAGGUGGAAGGGGUAGAGGCUGUAGAAACAAAAACGGAAGAGGCACCCGAGCAGAAGGAACCGGAAAAGGCAAACGAAGAGUUAGAUGACAAGCCUAGCGAAAGUCAAGAAACAGUUGAGCAGGAGAAGUCACUCGUUACGAACACGGCAGGUGAGCCUAUCUUGACAGAGACGGUCGAGAAGAAGCAGGACAGCGAUGAGGUGAAGGAAGUGGAAGAUGUAAAGGAUGGAGGCGUGUCAUAAUGCCACUAACGUGAUGGGUAUGAGUCCUGUCACAUCUUGGGAGCAUUGAAGGAGAAGCUUCAAAGUUCUGUUGCGAAUCAUCUUUACUGUUCCUUCCGCCUUUCUCUCAUUGUUAGAAAGUAUUUGACUACGUAGCGCUCGUUUGCCAACAUCGGUGCCUUUUGAAAUAUCACGGCUUCAGUCGAGAAAUAGCAGAGCAGCGAUAUAUAAAAAAAACCAGACGAUUUUGUUUGACUUGUUAUAACUUGUUGCUAUCUUUAUUCUUGAGUAAGAAAGUGCUCUGUAUGGUCUUGAAAGAGUAGGGGUUCGAAGAGUGGAG